AUGUCCUAUCUGCGCCCCCCGGGCAGGGACCUGGAGCGCUUCGACGGGCUCUCUCUCAUUUACUGGACACUCAUGGGACCAUAUGGAAUGGAUCGAACAGUGCACUGCAUUGAUUUCUAUGACUGUGCAAAUGGGCUGGGUAUUAAGGUAAUCGGUGGUGUCAAGGAGUUGACAAGAGAAGAAUAUGGAGUUUAUGUAAAGAGGAUCCUACCAGGGGGCGUGGCUUAUGCUGAUGGACGCUUGCAGCCAGGAGAUCAGAUCUUGGAGGUCAACGGAGAUUCUUUAAUUGGAGUCACGAGUGAGAGGGCUGUGGAUAUUCUCAGGACAGCCUCUGCCACCAGCCACAUGCGCCUUCUAAUAGCGCGAGAUGAUGAUGCCAGGAGAGAGUUCUCUGAGCUGCUGGAAAAGUUUGGAUCUCAUAGCAACACAGAAUCGGCACGGAGUUCUCCUGUUCACCACGGCGGCAGUAGAUAUUUGGAAAGUACAUCCUCGGGGUCUUCGUCACGUUCCCAGAGUCCUCUGCUGCUGAGCCCUGCAAAUUCUCAUGGCCCACUCAUUGGAAACUCGGCACAUUCCCCACACUCAAGCUCGCACUACUCCCUUGAAUCAGGGAUUCAGUGCAUCUCCAUAGCAAAAUCCUCUGGGUUGGGGUUGACGAUCAGUGGCGGAUCUAACAGGCCAGAGGGUCCCAUGAUUUAUGUUCAAGAGCUUAUGCCAGAAGGGGACUGUUACAGAGAUGGGCGGCUCCGGCCUGGUGAUCAGCUAAUUGCCAUCAAUAAAGACUCUUUGGUGGGCAGCACAUAUGAAGAGGCCAGAAAAAUACUUGCAAAAACCAAAUUCAGACAUGAGGUAAACACAGAAGUGGCCUUUAUUCCUGGAAGGGGACGGUUACAUCCCGGACUCUCAGUUCAUAACAGCAUCCAAUUGCCACCUCCUAAGGCCAUGGGGAAUGGUCUUAGCUCUUGCAGGUUGAAAGUCCAUGUGAGGUCACCUGAGACCAGACAAGAAAAUCUCUUUCCUGUGCCUUCUCCAUCCCCAGACAUUUGCCCCCCAGAGCUCACAAUAUCUGCACCUGCUUCACCUUCUAGUCAGAGAGCAGCUUCGGGCAGCAAACCGAAAGUAGCACUGGAUCCCCAUAUUCGACUCAAGGAUGGGAAAGUUGAACUGGUGCUGCAAUAUCUGGGUCUGGAUGUGACCGAGGAGAAGAAGAAGCAAUUACGGCAGAGUCUGAUCACAGAUUCGCAGGGAACAGUGGCCUAUGGAGAUUUUCUUCAAGCACUCAGGGAUCUGCUGCAAGAUGAGCUGGAGGAGGCUGGCCUUGAUGCCGGUUCUGUGCUAUUCACUCAGCACGAAGUGGCCAGUUUAUUGGAUACAUCUGCUUUUCACUCUCUGACUUUUGACUCCGUCAGCUGUACCGACGGUGAGGAACUGGAACAGCUUCAACUGGAAAUGACAGAUCUGCGGCAGGAAGUCCAAAGGCUGAAGUCUCUUCUGAAGGAGGUGGAAAGCAGCAAGAAGUCAAUGGAAUAUGAACUUCAGAGACUGAACCAGAAGGCGCUGGACUUCCUAUCUGAGAACCGGACCCUGCACAGCAAGCUGCAGGUGGCGGAGGUGGUGCAGCAGCAAGCUCACAGUGCAGAGCAGGACUAUGAGGAAGUGAUCCACUUGCUAGAGGCUGAAAUCACUGAGCUGAAAACUCAGCUGGUAGGGAAGAAAACAAAGCAUGUCUCCGAAGCAGAGGGAGACAUUCUGGAGCUGAAAAGACGGCUGUCCCUGGCAGAUGGUCAGUUGCGGAAAUCUGAAGUCAUGCGGAAGCGCUUGGAAAUCUGCAACAGGAAGCUGCUUCUGUUUGUGCAGAAUGUUCACAGAGUCCUGAGCACGCCCAGCCAGUUACCAGAUGAGACAAGAGUCAACAGUCGGACAGAGGAGGAUAAAACAGAAGCAAUCUCGGAUGCGUCUCUUCCGUCUCCAGAUCUCCUGGACCUGUUGAUAUCAGAAGCUAAAGAAUUGUUGGAGCCCAUUCUCGCUAACACCACAAAGGAUGUAUUGCCAUACAACUGGGACGAGUGCCUGACUGGGGAAGGAAACCUAAACUACAAGGACCAUCUUCAUCAGAAAACCACAUGGCCCCCUCCUCCGACCCAUAGCAAGAGUGAUGAGCCACAGUCCUCGAGCCCAACCAAGGAACUGCCUGAGAAGACUACAUAAAUCUCCUGAGAUGCACUCCUAUGCAUAAUCGUGUAUAUUCAUAACACAGAUGCUCUGCUGGGAGAC